AUGGUGGCGCCGCAAGGCUGUUGUGAGAUCUGCCAGAUCUCCGAGGUGCUUGCAGACCCGCAGCUUCAAAACCGAUCUGUUCGUAUAACAGGACAAUUGAUGGCCUACGAUGCACAACAAAAAGUUGCUCGAGUUACAUUUCAAGACGCUUUAAUGAUCGUCGAGACGCAGCAAUUAGCUUUCGAAAAUUUGCGCUUGCAACUUGGCUCUAUGUACCAGUUUUUGGGCGAGACCUACGUACGCAACCAGGGCGAGGAGAUGGAAGUUCGACUUGUGGCUCGAGUGGCGCGCAACGUGGAUAAUUUAGACAUUGACCUAUUUCUCGAGACACUUGCAAUGCGUAGGCAAUUCCUGGCAUCUCGGGCUGGUGAAUAG